UAAAUAUCCAUCUAUUUAUUUAUUUACAGUAAAAUCAAUACAGAAGAUGUUCAAGUCUAUAGUUAUUCGCAGUGUUCGCAAGCUUCAAUUCACUUCAUCUCUCAAACUCACACCUCAUUAUCAUCAUCAUCAUCAUCGUCCCACUAGCUCAUUUACCAGCAAUCACAUUCAAUCUCCAAAAAAACCGCGUCGUUGUAAUUACAGCACUAAAACAACACUAGCUCCUAGUGCUGCCAGAGCUGGUGUGAUAGUCGAUAAUGAUGUUUAUGCCGCUGUAGAGCUCGCGCUUGAUUCCGUCGUUAAAAUUUUCACGGUUGCGAGCAGUCCGAAUUAUACUCUUCCGUGGCAGAAUAAGUCUCAGCGAGAGUCUACUGGUUCGGGCUUUGUUAUACCUGGGAGGAGGAUUCUUACGAAUGCUCAUGUUGUGGCUGAUCAUACUUUUGUGCUCGUGAGGAAGCACGGUUCUCCAAGAAAACAUAGAGCCACGGUCCAUGCCAUUGGCCAUGAAUGUGACCUGGCUAUUCUGGUUGUUGAAAGUGAAGAGUUUUGGGAGGGGAUGAAUCCGUUGGAUCUUGGUGAUGUUCCGUUUUUGCAAGAAGGUGUAGCCGUUGUUGGUUACCCUCAAGGUGGAGACAAUAUCUCCGUUACAAAAGGGGUUGUUUCCAGAGUUGAACCUACGCAAUAUGUACAUGGCGCUACACAACUCCUAGCAAUACAGAUCGAUGCUGCUAUCAACCCAGGAAAUAGUGGAGGGCCAGCAAUCAUGGGCAAUAAGGUUGCUGGUGUAGCUUUUCAAAACCUUUCUGGUGCAGAGAACAUAGGUUAUAUUAUACCAAUCCCCGUCGUUGAACAUUUCUUGGCCGGUGUAGAAGAAAGUGGAAAUUAUGUUGGAUUUUGUUCCCUGGGUUUGUCGUGCCAGCCAACUGAAAAUGUUCAACUUCGUGAAUACUUCCGAAUGCGUCCUGACUUGACUGGGGUGCUUGUGAGUAAAAUCAACCCACUCUCUGAUGCACAUAAGAUCUUAAAAAAGGAUGACAUUGUGCUUGCAUUUGAUAGUAUACCCAUAGCAAAUGAUGGAACAGUUCAUUUUCGAAACAGAGAGCGGAUAACAUUUGAUCAUCUGGUUUCCAUGAAGAAACCGAACGAAAAGGCUGCAGUUAAAGUAUUAAGGAACGGUGAAGAGCAUGAAUUCACCAUUACCCUUCGUCCAUUGGGUUCGCUUGUCCCAGUACAUCAAUUUGAUAAACUUCCUAGUUAUUUCAUCUUUGCCGGUCUAGUAUUUAUUCCAUUGACCCAACCAUACCUUCAUGAAUAUGGAGAAGACUGGUACAAUACUUCACCUCGUCGACUAUGUGAACGAGCGCUAAGGGAACUUCCUAAGAAGGCCGGAGAACAGCUUGUUAUACUAUCACAGGUGCUAAUGGAUGAUAUCAAUGCGGGUUACGAGCGUCUAGCUGAAUUACAGGUAAAAAAAGUUAAUGGGGUCGAAAUUGAGAAUUUGGCACAGUUAUGCCAGCUUGUUGGUAAAUGCAAGGAAGAGAGUAUAAGGUUUGAUCUCGAUGAUGACAGGGUUAUUGUUUUAAAUUAUGAUCGAGCGAAAGUAGCCACUUCCCAAAUCUUGAAACGCCACAGAAUAUCUUCUGCCCUGUCGGUCGACCUUAUUAGUCAGCAAGAUGUCAUCAGAUAAAUUAAGAUGUUUAGUUGCUGCAAGUGUUCUAUAGUUACCAGAAGUCACUUUACACCAGGAACUCCGAUGUAGAACGAUCUACAAGCAACGAUGUAGACUAAUAGUGAUUUCCUAUAGCCAAAAACUAUUGAUUAGCAGCAUCCUUGUAACUUUUCCUGUUUUGUUUACAUUUAAUUCAUUUGGUAGUUAAUCUCUUAGUGAUGCCUAAAGACAUCAUUUUC